CGACGAAGCACUUCCGACGGUCAAAACCUCAAGUAAUGGACGAGGGUGUCAUUCUACCUGGCCGAACCAGGUUAAAUAUGAGAAGAGAAGAGAAUGAUGUUCGUGGCGCUGAGGAGGAUCGUCGUGGCGAUGAUGAAGACGGUGAUCGUGGCGCUGAGGAGGAAGAUCGUCGUGGCGAUGAUGAAGACGGUGAUCGUGGCGCUGAGGAGGAAGAUCGUCGUGGCGGUGAUGCAGACGCUGCAAUUGGCGCUGACGAGGAAGAUCGUCGUGGCGGUGAUGAAGACGGUGAUCGUGGCGCUGAGGAGGAAGUUCGUAGUGAUGAAGAUAGUUCUCGUGGAACUGAGAAAGAUGACUGUCGGGGUUGUGAAGAUGGAGGUGACGACGACUAUUUUUGUGGGGCUCACGACGACUAUGCUGGGGGAGAAGAGAUUGACCGCUUCGAGUAUGGAUUAUUGGAGAUGGAGCUAAACGACUUUCGUUUAGACGGUGGACAAGAUAUUGAUACUGCACUCGACGAUGGCGCAAUUUCUCAAUGGCACGACAAGGAUUCAAUGGCUAUAUCCAUAAGUAGCAGAAGCGAAAUCGAAUCACAAUGGAGCACUCAGGGAACUAUUAUCACGAUGACCACUACCGGAAAUGACUCACAGGCGUCAGCUCUUUCUUCUCAGGCCCACGGAUCAUGCAUCUCUCAAAUAUCGAUGUCAAACUCAACGUCUACCAAAUCCCGGCGACUACCAACUAUCGACUCUGUUGGAUCCACGCAGAAGCGAUGCUUUAUAUGUAAUAACCCUUCUGGAAGAAAGCGAAUUCCGAAAUCCGCCAUCACUCAAGUUUGGACCGAGAAAGAAAUAUUCAUACCACAUGACAAUCGCUGCUGCGCUAUGCACCUCGAGAGACAAUUGUUCACUGAUGAGGCGAUAGAGUUGAUCAUCCCAACUAAACAUGGUGUCUUGAUGUCGGAUGAAGAGCUUGCACAGUGGAUUUUGGAUCUCAGCAGCAAUAAAAACAAGUUAGGUGCUCGAAGACGUCGUUAUAAUUUCGACGAUCCAACUGACGUGGAGAAGGACGAUUACCCAAAUCUUGUCGGAUUCUCGAAAAUUCAGUUCAACUCGCUGCUGACAGAAAUAUCCGGUCAUGUACAUAACAGUGUCAACAGAAGUGUCCGAAACGCGUUGGCCAUCUUCCUUAUGCUGCUUCGCCACAACUUGUCUCAGGUAUUAAUAUUUAAGAUUUAUUCUUACCGCAAAAUUUAUUAGAAUGAAUACUUAAUGCUGAAGUACUCUUGUAUGCAGAAAGUGCUGGGCAGUCUUUUUGGAAUCCCCAAUCAAUCAUGCGUAAGUGAGACCAUUGAUGCAGUCGCUACAGCGCUAGACAACCAUUUUGUCAAGAAAUACCUCGGAUUUGAACACUUGUCCCGUGAAGCAGCCCUCCGUGACCACUCUCGUCCCAUAUACUCGAAGCUAUUUAAAGAAGAAGACCCAACUAAGCUGUUUCUUAUCAUGGAUGGAACCUAUAUUUAUAUUGAAAAGCCGGCCGAUUUUCACCUGCAGAAACUAACUUAUUCUGGGCAGAAAAAACGCAAUUUGAUCAAACCAUUCAUGAUAGUUCUUCCGUCAGGGUAUAUCUUGGCUGCGUGUGGUCCUUAUUAUGCAAAUGGUAAGUGUAUUUUAGCGGCAAAGCUGGAAGAUGUAGCAAAAUGUAUAAUCCAUUGCAAGUUACAUAAUUGUCAAAUAAUCCGUAAUUUUUAAUUGCAGGUGCGAAUAACGACGCUGGGAUCUUAAAAUCCAUCUUGUCGGAGCUGCCACCUGAUUCACCUUACUUGAAACCGGGCGAUCACCACAUUCUGGACAAGGGAUUCAUAGACGUGAUUCAGACUCUUCUUCGCCUUGGACACCUCACACAUAUGCCGGAACUACUAGACACCGAUGAUAAACAAUUCACCACUUCGCAAGGAAAUGAGUCAAGACGGGUCACGUUGGUCAGAUGGUUGGUGGAGGCAGUAAAUGGAAGAAUCAAGAAAAAGUUCAAAUUAUUUCGAGAGACGGUUCCAGGAGGUAAGUCUAUGUAAUAAUUUAUGCGUACCAAUGUCAAUGUAUGUUGGUACAAGUUUUAAAGUUAUUACACUGUGCGAUUAAUUGCAGGAUACCUUGAGAAGCUGCCCAUGUUCUUCAGAAUUGGUUGCGCCCUUAUUAACUGUUUCUGCCCUCCUCUCUCCACCCACUCACCCAAGCAUGAUAAGAUAGCCGAACGAGCAUUGGGACUUGCUGACCAGGAGAAUUUACUACAAAAGCGAGUGGAGGACGAGAAGAUGGAUCGCCGGACUAAGGAAUGGAAGACAGCCUCGCUGAAAGAAUUUCCAAAAUUCCCGAAGCUUUCCGUUGACGAUUUAGAGGACAUUACCCUUGGAGUGUAUCAGAUUGGAUUGGCCAAGAGAUACGCUAAUCUGCACAUGAACAAUUCUCCAAUCUUUGAAAUUAAACUGAAUUCAGAAUUUCCCAACAUCGUG